AGCGAUCAUGACAUGAUCAGUCUAGUUCAGUGCUGGUUAAGCUUUGUAAUGAGAGUUUGGCAUGAUGAGAGGCAGACUGAGAGAAUCUUUAAACUUUGGUAUCUUCAAAAUCUAAAACUUAAGUUAACCAGACCCUGAUCCAGCAACAAACAAAACAUCCAAGAAGAUCCACUUCAUAAUAACAUUAAAUUAAAUCAUUUCAUUUGCCUUACAACUAAAUUUCUUCAGAUUCUUUCUUUACUACAUUUUUAUAUUCUUAAGAAUCAGAAAUCCAUAAAAACAUAAUGACCUGCAUUAAUAUACGUAAGACGUAAGAUAAAAUUCUCUCUCAUUUCAUGCUCAUUCUCUCUGUACCGUCCCGCCCGCUCUCUCUCAAGACGAAACAAAUCACUGCGAUAAAGUUAAUGCUCGUUCCUAACACGUUAGUCUUGCUUUUUACUCAACGGUGUGAGGAUUGAAAUAUUUUUGUUCUGUGUUUGUUAAAAGUUAUGUUUAGUGGCUGAAAAUAAAUAAAUAGAAGUCAAGAAACUUUACAUUCAGAUGCGGCAUAAAUAAAUUGCUAGAAUUCAAUUAGAAAUGCUGUCUUAAUUAAGUUAAUAAUUGACUAGAAAAGGAAGAAUUUUUUGGAUUUGUGAAGCAGCAUAAAAAAAUUAGUUCUGUGUAUCUAGACAAAAUAAACAAAAAAUUCAGCAAAAAAAAAAGAAGUCCAGUUUCUAUGUAAACUAAAUAACAAAUUCAUUAGUGACUAUAAAUUGGAAUUAAUAUACGUGUAUAAUUUUUAUGAUUCAUUAAAUCUGCCAGAAUGCGUUGGCUACAAAAGUCAUCUCAAGCACCACAAUUGCUGGGCCUCUCACCGCUCAAGGUCGAUGAUUCAUUAACAAAAAGCAAUAAUGCCAUUGAUUUGAUUGAACAAAAGAAUGAGCUGAUGACAAAUUUACAGCAGAACCAAUCAGCGAGAAAAUCGAGAAAAGACAUAUCGUCAUCAACGACGUCAUUAACGUGGUCAAAGAAACUGACAAAAUCAACAGAAAAUUGUUAUAAUAUACAAGAAGGAAGGAUCAUAGAUAGAGCAAAAGGUCGCUUUAUAUCGCCAAUCAGAAUUAAAAAUAAAAACACAAAUCGGUCAUCGUCGCCAUCUAAUCAAUCAAUAAGUAGUGUAAAAACAAUUUCAACGAGCACACCCACACAAUCAAGUCUCGGUCAACUGCAUCGUAGUAAAUUUGCAAAUGUGCUCGACUUCGAUAAGGAAGUAUGGAGUAACGCAAAUGACGAUGAUGAUAAUUUAAAUCAUAAAAGUAUUUCAGUAAUUGAAACCACAUGCCAUAAGAAUCAUCCAUAUUACAAGAGUGAAUUAAGUCGAACAAUUUGUGGAACAUACAGUGUGCCUUAUCGAGAAAAACGAAAUCCAUUAAGCAACACAAGACUCUCAUGCUAUAAACCGCUAAUCAUAAGUGAUCAACAAUUUGAUAGUCAAACACUCAAAAAUUACAAGUCUGUUGACGAUUUUCUAUCCAUGGACAAGACAGAUGGUUUUUGUAAUGACAUAAAGAAUAACAUAAAUGAAAAUAAUAAGGUUGAAGUGACUGAAACACCAAAGAUGACUAUACGACGUGGUCUCAGCAGCAAAUUUCGAUCAAUGUCCGAUAAGACACAAAAACUUCUUUCAAGAUUCGUUUCUAGUUCAAAUUUAAAGUCAUCAAGUGAAGUGUGUAAUGACUUUACACUCAUUCAACCAUCAUCAAAGACUAUGGCUAACAGUCGGAGAAGUUUAAGCUAUGGAACAUUACCAGAACUUAAAGAUUUUGAGGUUAGAAAGAUUGAGACGGAAGAUGGUGAUUCAGGCAUUCUUGUUAAUGAAUCCGGAGCAUCGUCAAUGAUUGAGACCGAGACGAAUGAGAAAGCAGAAGUAGCAAAAGACGAGAAUCGAAAUUUAACAUUACCACAUGAGAGGAAGCAUAUCCAUAGAAUCGAAGUGAAAUAUGAGGAGAAUGAAAAAGAACUUAACAUUUCGGAAAUCGAGCCAAAGAUCUGUUCAUCGUCGGAGCAACAAAAUAUAAACAGCAACGAGUCAUCAACAUUAACAAAAUUUAUUGCAAAAAGACAGAGAAAUCGUUCCGUUGAUUCAUGUCUGCUGGAUACGCCCGCAAAUGAGCCGUCCAAAAGAAAUUCUGUUGUGUCGGAAAUUGUUGCAAUGCUUGAAAGGAACGAAGCUAAUGCGAAAUACAGUACACUCAAUCAUCCAAGACGAUCGAAACCAUUAAUGAUUCCAAAGCCAAUAACUGAUGAUGAAAUUAUUAAGUCAUGUGCCACACUCAACUUGUGUGAUGAUGAUAAGUUAAAGCUUAAGUCAGUCAAGUCUAAAGAGAAAAUUACCGAAACUACAACGGAAGGCAGUCAUCACUAUGAAAACUUUACAUUUACGUCAAUUAGCAAGAAACCACAGCCAACAUCUAAUUUCUGUACUUUACCACGCAAGACGAAGGCGAGUCCUCAUUGUACAUUCCAUACAAUUACCUUUGAGAAAGGACAAGGCAAGAAGGCACUCGGCUUUACAAUUGUUGGCGGUGCUGACAGUCCACGUGGUGCUCUUGGUAUUUUCAUUAAAAGUAUAAUGCCAAAUGGACAGGCUAUAGACGGUGGACAGCUUAAAGCUGGUGAUGAAAUUUUAGCAGUCAAUGGACAUGUUUGUCACGACUUGACACAUCAAGAUGCUGUAAAACUAUUUAAAAGUGUCAAAAAUGGUGAAAUUGUUUUGAAUGUCUGUCGACGUAAGAGUUCGAUUGCUGUAACUUAAAGCUUAAUUUGAAAAUUUAAUGUGUAAUCUAAAUUAUUGUGAUAAAAAUAAAGCAAGCUAAAUUGAA